AAAUGUUUCAGUACUGUGUAUGAAAGGCUUCCUUUUGUUUUUUCCUUCUGCUCUAAGAUCUACUAUAUCCAUCCAAUUCUAAACCUGAAGCACGCUUGGAGAAACAAAAUGAAGUAGCCUUUGCCAGCAUCUCUAUCAGGAGGAAGUGCCAGAUUCAGGCAGACUCCCAUGCUUAACUGAUUACAUUUCUCACAGCAGGAGGCUUAAACAAGGGCCACUUCAUGCAGGAAGCCUGAAGGUUAUGUUAACAUAACCCCUUACUCCGCUUGGCCAGGAUCUGCCCUGACACCAUCGUUUAAACACUGCCUAAUACAAUGAUACAAAUGAUGGCUUACACGCUGUAUACAAUAUUUAUUUUUCAACUUUGCCCUGGGUGCGAAGACCACUAAGAACAAUACCUCGUAAUUAUAAGGUCUAAGUGUGGGAACCUAUAAAUCAAUAGCCAAAGACAAUGUGUCUCUAUAUUUCCUGUCCAGACAGUGUUAUUUCUUGUGCAGACGUUUACCAUGACUACAGUAAAGAUAGUUCACGAUUCAUAUGAUGGACACAGAGGUGUGCUCAUACAUGCACGCACGGAUAGUUUCAUGCUGAUUGUUGGGAACAGGAAUCUUUUUAAAAACUCCCAUUUGUUUAUGCUGUUUUUUUGUUUGUUUGGGGUUUUUUUUUUUUAGAAUUUUUAUAGGAUCACAUAUCAGCGUAAGUCAGUUGAAACCAGUUGCAAAUCAGUUAAACACUAUUAAGACGAGUGACUUAAUAGUAUCAAUAUUGACUGUGUUAAUAGUGUCCGAUUGACGUAAUAGAAAUAUUAAGUGUCAAUAUUUCACAAUAUUGUGAAAUAUGUACCACAUAACAGACAUAAAUUAUUUUUGUACAGGUCAAAUAAAUGAUCAUAACUGGGUUAUAAUUUGUUCUGGUUUUGAGCUGAGUAGGAUGUAAUGCCCUGUGAUGUCACUCUCAUCAUUGACUAACAUUGAAUAAUAUUCAUUAUAAUAUCUCAGAACCAAUCUAGUACAAACAGUAACUUAUUUUCUGGCAGGAAUCAGCACAAAAAGAGGUUGCAUUCUAUUUCUUUUUCAGUGGGGUUCCAGAUUAACAGAAAAUGUAAAGUUUCCCCAUAAGUGAGAAUGUAUUUGUAUUUCUAAUGUAGUUCUAAAUUAAAAUUAAUCAUAGAACCAUGUGGUGUGUUUGUUUCCUUGUCAUCCUUCACUGUUCAUUCAAUAGGCAGUAUUAUUUGCACCAAUCCACCCCAAAAAGUGAUUGUCAUUUAUGCUAAACACCUCUCCCCUUUCCCAAGGCAGGCUCACAAUAGGUCUUUGCCCUGAAUGGACUCCCAAUUCCCAAGAAACCAAGGAGGGAAGACUCAGGGAAGUUUAGAAAGGAGCAUUAGAUGUUUUUUUUUUUUUUAAAUGCACUUUGGUUAAUGGUCUAUACUGAAUAGAGCUUAAAAUGCUUAGUGUGGAGGCCUGUGCAAGAAAAUUCUUCAUAUCGAGGGCUCUAUUCACAAGCAUGCUUUUGGCUGCUGAGGCCUGUUCACUGAACAAUAACCAUUCAGGCAGAGUAAAUUCAUUUGAAAUGCAUUUUGUACAGUCUGGCCUACACCAUGGUCUGAGCUGCACCACUGCUUUAGUUUCAGAAGAAAAUUGUAUACUGGGAUUAACUGAGGACAGAGUGCACUAAUAAUGUGAUGCUGCUUUCACAAUCUUAUGAACACAUACUCUAUGAAUUUUAAGUCCAAUAGAAUGUUUGUUUUUUAAUACAAGUCAUUUUAGAAAAGUUUUUUUUUUUUUAAAUAUAAGUGUUACGUUACACUUUUGUAAGUAGGGUGAAGUUUGCACUUGUGAAAUAUUUUUCUUUUUCCUUACAGCACCUUUUUUCUUACACAAUCUAUAAUACUCCUGAUAACAUCCCUUCGAUGGCGUAUGAAAAACAAAUAGUUGCUCAAUGUACUUUAAUCAUUUGCCUUUUGAGUUAGAUGAUGCAUGGGCAUGUUGAAAGCUUAAGACAUAGCAUGAAUGAACAGAGAAGGGGGUCACAUUCCUUUGUUGGGGCUUACCCAACUCAGCUCAGUGGAUGCGUUCACCAGGCUGUGUGUGUGUGUGAGCGUGUGUGUGAGCGCAUGUGUGUAUGUGUCUAGAGAAGGGGGUUGAAAUCUGAUGGCCAGCCUCACAGCUAAUUAGUUCAGCUUUUGACAAAGGUGGGCCAGCCACAGAAAGGGAGCCGUAGUGCGAGCUUAACAGGGCUCCACACACUGCACUCGAGUCUGCAGGAGAGAAGAGGAGAAGGGUUCCCCUCAUACUUUCCAAAUCAGACAUAGGGUUUGUAAAGAACUGCUGUUCCUCACCCCAGAACAUAUGAGAAGGCUCACAGGCAUAGCAACAGUGCCUUUGGGACAUGCGAGAUGACUUCCACACAAGACUCAGAUGAUGACAGAGCCUUUAAAGACUUGAACGCUGUUGGAAUGCUGCACCAGUUCUGGAAGCAAAAACAGGUGAACAGUGGCACAAUUGAGACAGAGAACCUAGUCGUUUAUGAAUGUAUUCCCUCACCAGGGCCUCCAUUUAUCUGCUAUGUCACCUUACCAGGAGGGAGCUGCUUUGGCAACUACAAGUAUUGCUACACAAAGGCAGAAGCCAGGCGUGAUGCAGCUCGUAUUGCUCUGAUGAACUCAACAUUCAAUGAUUUGCCCUGUCGUCGUAUCACUCCAGAAUUCAUCGCCCGCAGCAUAGAGGAGGCUGUCGCCACCACCAGCGGUAACAUGGCGGAUGUGUCAGACCCGAGCACCAGUUUAGGAGCUUAUUAUCUCAUGCUGAAAUCCAACACAGGAAAAACCAUGCUGGAAUUUCAGGAAUUAAUGACAGUGUUUCAGCUGUUACACUGGAAUGGGACACUGAAGGCUUUUAGGGAGAGGCGAUGUAGUCGUCAGGAGGUGAUCAGCUACUACUCUGAGAAACGGCUGGAUGAGUGUAUGCGUAGUUACAUGGCUCUGGACUGGCUGCAAAGGGAGAGGAAGAGACCAGGGCUGCUCUCACGUGAGUUGCAGCUGGCCCUUAGGGAGUUGGCCCAGGGUCGGCAGGCCGGCCGAGAGCUCCGCUUCUACAAGGAAAAGAAGGAGAUCCUCAGCCUGGCGCUCAGUCAGGCCUCCACUGAGGAACUGCAGGCCUACUGUGGGGAGGAAGACGAAAAGUGCUGGAGGAAAGGAGAAGCUGCAUUGGAGUAUCUUGCGCAUGGGGGCCACUGUCUGGAGGGUAGCAUGGUGGAUCCAUUAGAACAUUGCCAGUUUUAUUACCUGCAGAGUGGGAGUGACAAAGAGUCACUGGGCUGAAGUG